AUGAAUAUUGCAUCUUUAGCAUGGCUGUUUCUUGACCCGAAGCUUCUGUCGGAGCUGACGCUGACUCCGCAGGGCUCUACGAAGAAGAAUAUCAUCUUCUUGGUGACUGACGGGAUGGGUCCGACGUCACUAUCGUUGACGCGCUCGUUCCGCCAGUACCGUGAUAAGUUGGCUAUAGACGAUAUCCUCACGUUGGACAAACAUUUGAUUGGACAGAGCCGCACGCGCUCGUCGAACUCGUUGGUGACAGAUUCGGCUGCGGGUGCGACUGCGUUCUCCUGUGCUCUAAAGUCCUACAACAACGCUGUUGGUGUCACUCCUCAGAGACAACCGUGUGGCACCUUGUUGGAGGCGAUGAAAUACGAAGGUUACCACACUGGUCUUGUCGUUACGACCCGUAUUACUGAUGCCACCCCAGCGGCAUUCUCAUCGCAUGUCACGUAUAGAUUCUACGAGGAUUUGAUUGCUCAGCACCAGUUGGGUGAAUAUCCUCUGGGCAGAGUUGUUGAUUUGAUGAUAGGUGGUGGUAGAACGCACUUCUACCCACCUGGUGAAACACCAUACGGUAACGGUGGGCUGAGAAAAGAUGGUAGAAAUUUGAUUGAAGAAGCUCAGGAAAACGGCUGGUCCUAUGUUGGUAACAGAUCUUCGUUUGACAACCUUGAGCUCGGUAACAACGUUCAACUACCUUUGUUGGCUCUAUUGGCUGAUAAUGAUAUCCCAUUCGACUUGGACAGAGACGAUGCCAUCUAUCCAUCUCUUGAAGAAGAGGCCAUCACCGCAAUGAAGGCACUUUCAAAAGCCACUGAGGAUUCCGAUAAGGGAUUCUUCCUCUUGAUUGAAGGCUCUAGAAUUGACCAUGCAGGCCACAACAACGAUCCAGCUGCCCAAGUUCGUGAAGUUCUAGCAUUUGACAAGGCAUUCAAAGCCGUCUUGGACUUUGCAGAUUCCACGGAUGUUGAAACCGUGAUUAUCUCCACAAGUGAUCAUGAAACCGGUGGUUUGGCCGCUGCUAGACAAUUGACACCAUCAUACCCUGAUUAUUUGUGGCGUCCAGAGGCACUAUUGGCUGCUAAACACUCCGGUGAAUACUUGAAUAACAAGAUUGCCUCCUUUGAAGGUGAGGAUUUGGAGAGCUUUAUUAAGCAUGAAAUCUUUGAAAAGGACUUGGGUAUCACAGACUAUACACCUCAAGAGGUUGAGUCCAUCAUGGACCACAGCAAGGCGUCUCACUAUUUGCUCAAUGACAUUGUAUCAAGACGUUCGCAAACCGGUUGGUCAACGCAUGGUCACAGUGCAGUUGACGUGAAUAUCUACGCCUACUCCAACAAGAAAUCAACAAUGCAUCUAUUGAGGGAGAAGCUCAGUGGCAAUCAUGAAAACAUUGAGAUUGGUCAGUUCAUGAAGGACUUUGUGAAUGUUGACUUGACACACAUGACAAAGCUUAUCAAGGGCACUCAGGUCAAGCCAUCCGAUGUUGACGAGAUGACUGUCUCACAACAACAAGAGCUGCUCGACAACUACCACGGUGGGUUGGUUAACGUGUACUAA